AUGAAGAGUGAGAAGAGAUUACAAGAAAGAUAUCAAGAAAGAGAAGGACUAAAAUGGCACGAGAACAUUUAUGAACAACUUGAAUAUGAGAAAGAGAUAAUUGAAAAAAUAAAAAGAGGAGAAAUUAAGAGAGAAGAAGAAGAAAUAGAAAGUCAAGUAAGAGAAGAAGAAGAAACACAAAUUAAAGUGAGAGAAGAAGAAGAAGGGAAAAUUAAGAUAAAAGUCAUUCGACCCAAUCAAUAUAAAAAAGUUAAAAUAGGAAUUUAUGUUAAUGGAGAAGAAGAAAUAUUUGAUAAAAAAUAUGAAUGGGAGAUGAAAGAAGGAAUUGAAAAGAUUGAAGUUGAAAAACCAAUGGUUGAAGGUAUUUUUGAUAUUAGAGUGAUGUAUGAGAAAAAGAAAUUAACAGAAGAAAAGAAAUAUAUUUUUAAAGAAGCAAAAGGACAAGAUUUUAUUCAUAUUGAAAAAGUUAAAUAUAAAGAAAAUAAUAAAGAAAUAGAAGGAGUUAAAAUUAAAAUAGAAGAAGAUAAAUCAGAAGAAGGAGAUUUUGUAUGUAUUUAUUUAGCAAGUAAUAUUAAAAAUGAAAAUUAUAUUCGGAAAAAAUAUCUUGAAAAUAAUACAUUAAUGUUUUUUAUUCCUUUAAUAAAUAAAGGAAUUUAUUUUUUAAAAUACUUUAGAAAACCAGUUCGUGAACCAACACAAUUUUCUCCAUUUAUUCAUAUUCAACGUUUUGAAUUUUAA